UCCAUCCUGCCACUGCGCUCAGAUCCGGUCAUCCGAAAAGCUUCUACUCACCAGAGCGCAUUGACAGCAGCGAUGUACAAGUAGCCUACUACCAUCGAAAGCGCAGCCUCGUUACUGUAUUCCUCAGAAGAAAGGAUGCGUUGACGAUGGAACAAGACAGAGCAGCUCUGUAGUAGCCUACUGUACAACAAUUCCAAUCCGGAUUUACAUUAAAUCCCCAACUGUCUCUACCAGAGCAUUGUUGUAAUCCGCUUCUUAACAGAGGGACCACCCCGUCUUUUCCAAUCAGGUUUCAGAUUGAUUCUUCACCUUGCUUAGAGAGGAUAGGCACCCUGGACUGUAUUCGGAGCUGAGAGAAGGCUGAGGAGUUUGGAGCUGCUGUGAGCUGAAACCCUAAAAAUUAAAUAUGUCAGCCUCGCUCUAGUAUUUUUCAUUAUUUUUGUUUUAUUUUCUACCUAUUCAGGGCCUUACCGGCACAGCGCCUACGGAGGCAGCCCGAGCGGCAACGCCGUGACCAUCCACUGUCUCCGCUGCCGGGAGGUCUGUAAGGGAGAGGUGGUUCGUGUGCAGAAUGUCCACUUCCAUGUCAAGUGCUUCACCUGCCAAGUGUGUGGCUGUGACCUGGCCCGUUCAGGCUUCUUCCAGAAGGGAAGAGAGUACAUAUGUACAGAGGACUACCAGCGCCUCUAUGGCACCAAGUGUGACAGCUGUGGAGACUUCAUCACAGGGGAGGUGGUCUCUGCGCUGGAGCGUACCUACCACCCCAAGUGUUUUGUCUGUAGCAUGUGCAGAAAGCCUUUCCCUAUCGGAGACAGGGUGACCUUCUGUGGGAAGAAGUGUGUCUGUCAGCAGUGCUCCCAUUCGCUAGUCAGCAGCGCGCCGGUCAAGAUCCACGGACCCAGCCACUGUGCAGGCUGUAAGGAGGAGAUCAAACAUGGCCAGUCUCUCCUGGCCCUGGAGAAGCAGUGGCAUGUCAGCUGCUUCAAGUGUCAGACCUGUGGCACUGUGCUGACCGGGGAGUACAUCAGCAAGGAUGGUAUUCCAUACUGUGAGACUGACUACCACACCCAGUUUGGCAUCCAGUGUGUGACGUGUAACAGAUACAUCAGUGGCAGAGUGCUGGAGGCAGGGGGAAAGCACUACCACCCCACCUGUGCCCGUUGUGCUCGCUGUCUCAUGAUAUUUACAGAAGGAGAGGAGAUGUACCUGACAGGUUGCGAGGUGUGGCAUCCUGUGUGUAAACAAGCAGCUCGAUUGGAGAAGAAACUCCGAUUCAGACGUACCUCGGAGGCCUCCGUAUCUCCCCCUGGGUCCAGCAUCGGCUCCCCGAGCCGCAUCAUCUGUGCCAAAGUGGAAAACGAGGUCCUAAGUUACAAAGAUCUGGCCGCACUGCCUAAGAUUAAAACUAUUUGUGACGUGCUGCGGCCCGAUCUCAUUCCCUGUGAGUCUAAUCACAGAUACUCCUCUGAUGACAGACUAGAACGCUACAGCUAUGGGGAGUCUCUGGGAACUCUCUCUCCAAACUCUCAGGACGUCUAUGACAGGGUGGAGCUGAGACAAAGGCGCUCCUCCAGCACAGGCUUCAAUGACUCUCCCACCUACAGCCGCCAGGGCAUGUCUCCCACCGUGUCCACUUCCUGCUCCCCACAGCACUGCUUCCGCCCCGGUGAUUCAAACUACUCGGCCACUAAGAGUAAAACCAGCGACAACAUCCUCCAGACUUCCCAGUUUGUCGACUCGUACUCUCCUGACCACGACCACCAGCAGUCUAACUACUACCCCUACACUCCCUCUCCCAGAGCUACUCGUGCCCGGAGGUUUUCCUCAGGUGGAGAGGAGGAUGGGUGGAAUCAAGGUCUUAACAGACUCCAAGGUGGUAUAGGCCGUAUGAUUCUGAAGGAGGAGAUGAAAGCCAGGUCUGGUUCCUAUGACAAUGACCCGUGGAGCAGCGCACGGAACUCCCGCACCAACUCCCGCAGUGGCAGCAAAGAGGCCCUGCACAAUGUGGGCUACGGCAACACUGUCAACGGAUCUCCCACCAGAUCCCACUACAGUACAGACAGUGACUCCUUCAUCUCCAAGUCAGCCUCGUUGCCAGGCUAUGGCAGGAACGGACUGCACAGGCCCCAGAGUGCAGAUUAUUUCCAGUACGACAGCAGCAGUGCAGUUAACUGGGGAAUCCGAGAAUACAAAAUCUACCCAUAUGAUGUGUUGGUGGUCACCAUAAGGAGGCAGAACCAGCCCCCCAUCGACGUGGACAGAGCCAGGCUAGAGCGCCACCUGUCUCCUGAGGACUUCUACCGGGUGUUUAGGAUGACUAUGCCUGAUUUUGACCGGCUGGCACUGUGGAAGAGAAACGAGCUCAAGAAACAAGUCCGACUGUUCUGAAAGGAUCAGACUGUAGAAGCUCAGUAUAGCAGCCUGCUGGACUUAACGUUAGAGGGGCCUGAGUCCUCACCGAGAGCCAUAAUAACCCGUCUGGGUAGUCCUCGAUCCCAUCAGGUCAGAGUCACAGCAGAACCCGAACUAAAACCAGCUUGGGUUCUAGCCAUAGAAAUAUAAUGAGUUGUAAUGAUAAAGUUCUGUUGUUCCAGGACAUCCUCUGGGCCAGAGACAUCCAGUCAGCCUGAGUCUAUACAUCAAUAAUAUAUCUCUGGAGAAAGAGGAGUAACAGGCUCCUCCCCCUGAGCCAUGUCUGUUUGUGGGAGAACUAGACCAGGCUAGUUCUGCCUAUGCUUUCAGUAUUAUGUGUUUGCUUUA